UGGGUAAUAAAUGCUGAUCUGGCCAGCGACAGCUAUCUCCUUUUUUUUUUAAAAGAAAGAUCAUUGAGUGUCCGGCUAGAAAAGCAGCAAUUCCAAUGAAGUGUAAAUGAGUGUGGACAGAGUAGAUCAAACGGCCUUAUUUUUGUGUGCUGUAAUCUAGCCAACUCCAUUCAUGUCUGUGUAAACCUGUUAUUUACACUGACUUGUCUGACUGGGGUAGUGUCCCCAACUCUGGGUCAGAAGGCAUGGUAAAAGUGCCAGUCUCUUUAAAGGUAUGUCAUAAAACACCUGAACAAAUGGAUUGAGAAGCCCUCAGGUUGUAAGGAACAGUCAGGUGAAGCAGCAGUCAACAAUGUCCCUAAAAUAGAGCGCACAGCAGUCACUAAAUUGCGUUUGCUUGUGACGCAUCUAUCUAAGGCAACAUGAUUACACUUGAACUUGAACCAACAAAACAAAUUAAUUACCUCCAGAAAGCUUCACUAAAGCUGUUGCUUCAACUUCAGUGAGUUGAAGUUUGCAGACAGUUAAUAGGAACUUUUUAAAAACAAAAGUUAUCAUUUUACAUUUUUCUAUCCCACCAACUUAUGUUCAGAACAUAUCAGUGUCUUCAAAUCCUGUUCAAGAAAAAUAAAUGAUUAGUAAUUUACAGAUAACUGUUGUAUCCAAAGGAAAUGAUUGCAGAAUAUAGUUUCAGCGUAGCACAAACUACCCGAAAGUGCACGUGUGGUUGUCUUGGGAUGCUGAAUGGAAAGCGGUCAAAGGUUUGUGAUUGAAUUCAGUCAGUCCUCAUCAGUCAACCUGGACAUGAUCUCUCUCGUCUGCAAGUUGGUCUUUCCCUCCCAUUUGCACAUAAGCUGGCUCUAUCCUGUCCACGUUUUCUUUCCACCAGUUUAUAUUAGAAAUUACUUUAGGGCACACACAUUUAAGCUUCAUCCCAAGCACGGAAUACUAUAGGUCGAUAACGUUACAUUACAACGCUUGUACCUGUUGCGGUAAAAGCUACUUUUGCAUUUCUUUAACUUUUCUUGUGUAAAAGUUUUGAUUCAUGAUAAACUUUUCUCGCAGGUAGAUUUUAUUUAGACUUCCAUUACCUCUUUUUCCAAAAAUUGCUUUGUAACUGCCCCCAUCCCAUUAAUUUUGAGAUGAAUUAUUUCCCACCUAACUUUCGCCAAGUUCUUUAUUUUAAAAUUGGUCAUGAACUACUGAAAUAUCUAGAGAUAACCUUAAAUAUGCAACCAGUUGCUGAAUUUGUUAUCUCACCUGGCUUUUUAACUUUGCUUGCAGUAUCGUACUAUCAAUCAUCGAGUAGAUUCACGGUCCUUACGGCUUUAUCGGUGGUACUACUCUGACGCUUAUCAGUGGUAAGACCUGGACUAUCAAGAGACUGUCUUCCAUUAACCACUGAAGUAUUAUGGCACAGGAGGUGGCCAAUGUCUACAUUGGAGAAUUCUCGCCAAAACUGGAUGCUGCUUGUGCAUAUAUGACCAUGCUGUGCUUUUACUCUUGUGACCACCUAUUGGUGGACUGUAAUUGUUAGCAUUUUUAAACUUAACUGUGUUCUCCUCAUCUAUCUAAGGAAACAUGUAUGGAUGUUCAAAAGGGUUUUGAAUGCUGCUAUCUUUGUGAUUUUGGCCUUGGCCUUUAUUGAGAAACCUUCAUCUUUGAGUGUUACAUCUGAUCUCCGAUUCCGCCGUGUACUUUGGGAGCCUCCCUGUGGACUGACGGAAGGCAUUGAUGUAUUUUGUCUUCUUCUGUUCAUUGUUGAUGUAGUGAUAAAAAGCUAUUUAAUUGGAUGGGAAGAAUUCCAGAAGUCAAAAUGGCUGAUUGCCUACGCACUUAUACUUGCUGCUUCCAUCGUGGACUGGACUGUUACUUUGUGUUUAUUUUGUGAGGAGAGGAUAAGAAUUAGAAGACUCUUGCGGCCAUUUUUCCUUCUCCAAAACUCCUCCCUUAUGAAAAAAGCUUUUAAAUGCCUACGACAAACAAUACCACAAAUCACAAGUGUAAUGCUGCUGUUAGCCUUGCACCUGUUGCUGUUUACUAUGAUUGCCAUGCUGCUGUUCACUCGUGUACAGACAACUGAAGAUGAUCAAGAGUGGAAGACAUAUUUCCGGAACUUGCCGGAAUCUUUGACUUCAUUACUAGUACUGCUGACAACAGCUAAUAACCCUGAUGUGAUGAUCCCAGCCUAUUCACGCAAUCGAGCCUAUUCAUUGUUCUUCAUUACCUUCAGUCUUAUUGGAACAUACUUGUUAAUGAAUUUAUUGACGGCUAUAAUAUACAACCAAUUUCGUGGCUAUUUACUGAGUUCAAUUCAGGCAUUGUUAAUUCGAAGAUGCUUGGGAAUUCGAGGAGCAUUUGAGGUGCUUUGCUGCGAGCGUCCAAGCAAAGCUGGAAGAAGAGGUUCUGUUAGAAUGACUGUAAGCACCAACACCGUGCUGCAAGUCCUGCAGAAAGUGAAAAUGUCUUCAGCGCACAAGCAAGAGAUGAUUAAGCAAGUAAAGGCAUUCACUCAUGACUGUGUUACAGCAGAACAGUUUAGAGCUCUCUUUGACGAAUUGCACAAGGAGACUGUGAGAGAGUAUCCACCAAAACCAGCGUACCGAUCUGUGUUCUUGCAAAAGCUUCAGACUCUGCUCAGCCAUCGCUUUGUGGAUUAUUUUGGAAACCUAAUAGUUGCAGUGCAUCUGAUUUGCAUUUUUGUUGCUUUGGUACGUGAUGCAGAAACACCUAUCUCUAAACGUGAUGGAUUCUUUUUAGGUGUUGUGAAUGGAUCCUUUGUCCUGUACUAUCUUUUGGAAAUGGCAGUGAAAAUCUUUGCUUUGGGCAUUAAAGGUUAUUGCUCAUACAAAAGCAACCUAUUUGAUGGGCUUCUGACUAUAAUACUGCUGAUUCUGCAACUGUCCUCUCUUGUGCAGUAUGGCUUGCCUCAUCCAGGAUGGAAUCCAGAGUUACAUGGAUUGCUUUCACUUUGGGAAACUGUUCGGCUGGCAAAUAUGCUCAUUGUUUUCAGAUUUCUCCGAUUAAUUUCCAGUGUUAAGUUAACGUCCUUGGUUGCCAAUAGUCUGUUUGAUCUGAUCAAGAAUUUGCGAGCUUUUGCUGGAAUUCUUGUGGUGGCAUACUAUGUUUUUGCAAUUGCUGGUGUUGUGUUUUUUAAAGACAAAAUCCCAGCUCCCCAGAAUGCAACAAAUGCAAGUCUGAAUGCAAGCAUUUCAUCUGAGAAUAUGACACAACAGUGUGGUACCUAUGAACAGCUGGGUUAUUGGCCCAACAACUUUAAUGACUUUGCUGCUGCUUUGGUCACUCUGUGGGAUCUAAUGGUGGUAAACAACUGGCAGGUUUUUCUGGAUGUCUUCUCAAGAUAUGCAAGUCCGUGGUCCAAACUUUAUUUUGUAGCUUGGUGGCUGGUGUCCUCUGUCAUUUGGGUUAACCUCUUUGUGGCUCUGAUUCUUGAGAAUUUUAUUCAUAAAUGGGAUCGGACUUACCACCCAUCCUUCUCUGAUCAAGAGUCAGAAUAUCAAAUGAGUGUGCAGGAUAUGUUCAGAGAUGAUCUAGAGGAACCAACUGAAGAUGAUUUGUUGGAGAGACUGCGACAGCAUCCACACCUUCAUCUACCGAGAGGGCCCAUUUAGUUACAAGGAUUGUAUCCAAAUGCUUUAGAGACAUGUGACUCCUCAUCCAGGUCUUGCAAUGAGGGUGCCUCAAAUGGGCCCAUUCUGACUGUCUGCAAUUAUUUUUAAGAUGCACAAAAGGGAAAUAACUUAAGAUGCCAGUAGCACUAAUGGACCAGAAAUUUCUUUGUAAAGUACCACAUGCUUUGUAUAUAAAUGCUAUUUAACUGGGAUUGCUUUUUAAAGUUUAACUUUUUUCACUGACUUUUAAUACUGACAGUUCCUUUUCCAGAUGUUUGCUGCAAGAUGGGUAAAAAUUGUGGUAUAUUUAUAAACCUAAAUAGUCACCUAAAACUGAAUUAAAACUGUCCACAUUUUUAUUGUGUACCUCACUAUUUUACAGGUCUAGUUUUUCAGGUGCUCACUUUUUUAAAAUUUGUAUCUUAAACACUGAAGCUGGUUAGUUACUCUGAAAUCAACAAUCUAUAUAUUUUGCACUAUCCCAGAACCUGUUUGUUAGUUUCUAUCUGAAAGAUACUUUAUUAAAUGUGAUGCCACUCAAUUGUUUCUGAAGCUUGGCCAGUGGCAGAAUGAGUUAUUUUUAUGAUGUGAAAUAAAGAACUAUUUUUUUCUAAA